UGUUCUAGUAAGCAUGUUAGUUGACAGAUGGCAGGGCAGGUGGCAGUCAGAUGAUAAACAAAUCGUGAGUGAAUAUGGCUGUCUGCAUAGCUGUCAUCGGAAAAGAAAACUCUCCAAAAUAUGUUGCGUGUCUUCACUCCGAAAAUGAGCUGCAAUUUCAUUACAAAGUUCACACUGCCUUAGAUGUUGUAGAGGAAAAGCUUUCUCUAGCAGGCAAAUCAAAUUGUGAUGUUCGUGAGCUUUAUUUGGGGCUCCUUCACUCAACCGAAGAACACAAAAUAUUUGGAUAUGUUACAAAUACCAAAAUAAAAUUCAUAGUCAUUGUCGAAGCUGCAAAUACUACAUUAAGGGACAAUGAAGUGAGAACAAUGUUCAGAAGAUUACAUGCGGCAUACACAGAUGUUGUUUGUAACCCAUUUUACAUUCCUGGUGACCACAUUGUAUCCAAGAAAUUUGAAAAUGUGGUUAAAAGUAUUAUGAGUGGAAAUUCAUGAUUAUCGUAGGAUAAGAUUUGAAUUUGUUCUACCUCAAGUGAUUCAAUUGAUGUCUCUCAAGAAAAAACAAGAUCAAGCUGAUAAAUGCUUAAUUGUUCUCUUUAUUUACAGUUUAAAACCUUGAUAGUAAACAAGUUUGUACAGUA